CCUGGCGCUCCGGGGACUUUGCUCGGUGACGGUGAAAUUUUGGGCAGCGAAAAAACCGUACAGCGGUCGUACGGCGCACGGUGACCGCUUUGGCGGCAUGUUGUGAAGUUCGAAAUCAACGCGACAACCGUUUUUUUUAUUGACAAACCAGGGGUUUAUUUACCUUUCGAUGUUCACGGCGUCGGCGGCCAAUCCGAUUCGGUCCCCCCUGUUGAUGGCGGUUUUCAACGAAAAUGAUCCAUCGUUGACUGAAAGUGGUCAUUGAACACGAAAAAGGGAGUAGAAGCGAAUACGUUUGCUGCGCUGUGUUUUUUUUUUCUAGCUCCCCUGCCUCUGUCCUUACACUGCGACCGCGGUGCCGGAGUUCUUGCGCUUUGUGUUGCUGGUUCCUGGAGUCGACGGAGGCGGGAUAUGGCACAGCAGGAUGCAAAUGGCAGUGUUCAACCAACAUCCAGCAUGGUCGCGCCAGAAAUGACAAGCCCUGAAGCGACAGGAGAGCACCAACCGCAGCAAAGCACAACCACCAGUAAGGAUGAUCCUGCGACCACUGCGCGUUGUGAUAAAAACGGGACAAAAGGUGGCCCCCUUCGAAAGUGCUUGAUGUGUUUGCUGCCGUUCGACGAACUGGGCUCUAUCGGUUCGGAAUCGCCGGAGGAACUGAAACGGAUAGUGGACAACAUUUACAAGAUUGCCAAAAUUGAGGUGAAACCGGCAGAUGGGAAGAUCGAGCCACUGUGUGGUAGCUGCCGGGCGAAGCUGGGCUACGAUUACGACGAGGACGCGUACUACGAGAUGCUCAGCCAGAUGUACAGCAACGAGGUGCAGAGCAAGAUGAUAACGAUCGCGAUGAACAACGGGCUGCCGGUGCACAUAGCGAUGCCAGCCGAGCUACCCGAUUUACCAACUUCCGGUGCCGGGGUCACCGGUCCGUAUAUCGAUGCCGCCUGUGGUACGUUCGUCGUGACCGAGCUUGGCGUUGAGGCGCUGAACGCGGACAAGGACGAACUCGUGUGCGCCAUCUGUUCGAAGGCGUUCAACUUUAAGUCGACGUUGCGCCUUCACAUCCGCAGUCACCAUCAGAGCGCGCCGCGCGAAACCGUUGAACUUCCGCGGCAGUCGCGCAAACCACGGGCCUACGAGUGCGUGGAGUGCCAGCUAAGCUUCAAGCUCAAGUACGACUUCGACAAGCACAUCGCCAUCCACAAGAAGACGAACCUGUUCCAGUGUGACGUCUGCUUCAAGCUCUUUAAGCACAAAUCGUACUACUCGAUGCAUCGCAACAUGAAACGCUGCAAGGUGGCACCGGUGCCUCUCGAUCUCACCACUCUCGGGCCAGCAUCGGCGUCGGCGUCGGCGGCCACAAUCAGUUCCCCCGAGCGGCCCCCAGUUGCCACGAACGGGGGACGGCGGAAUGGGAAAACAAAGGAUCGCUUGGCGUCGUCAGUCGAAUCGAAGGGUGCUGUUUCAACGUUGCUGCAAUGCUCGGCACCGGACACUCUGGCCACCCUCGGUGACUGUGGUGUACGCAACGCCAGCUAAAGGUAUCGCGGUGUGUUCAAACAAGGGCAGCAUGCAAUUUAAUGGCAAAGAGUGGGUUCUUUCGUAGGGGUGAAAGAUAACGGUUCCUACAAGCGCUGCAAUAGGCAAUAGGGAUAAUUAUGGCGAUGGCGCAAAUUAGUUGAAUUCGGAUUCUCUUAAGCCAACAUUUCCAAAGAACUAUGUAUUAAUCUCUGUUGUUUUGUUAGCUUACCUAGCCCUGUGAGGCUUUUAAUUGGUUCGUACCGUUGAUUUGUUGUAUGAUUUGCUAAUUUAUUUAUCCCAUAUCCUACCCGCGCCACAAUUCGAUGGACAAACCAAAUCGGAAACGCAAAGAGUGUUACGCAGAUUAUCGUUUGCAGCCAGUCUCACCCGUCGAUACAUGAUUAAGUUACCUGCUAAUGAUAAGUGUACGUUAGGUGGCCAUAUCGAGGCGCGUCGAAGACCAACAGAGGGCUAACGAUCGGCCCAAACAGUCACCACUAUUCCAAUGCGUUUUAACCCACCGAUGGAUUAGCGGAUGAUUUAUUUUGUGAUUUUACAUAUUUUGUUUGUUUUUUUAUUUUAUCUAAGAAAACCGGACUGGACCGUAUUUAUACUGUUUAUGUUGUUUGUAGGUUCAUUUUUUCCCAUUUGCCAUAAACGUACUUUGUGUGCUAGUCUUGCUACGGUAAGUCAUUCUCAUAUACCGUUCGCGCCCGGGACGUUCCUUGGGGUCUUUUUACGUGUCUCUCCGCUGUUUUAAGUUUCUCGCCACCCCGUCCGGGGUAUAUGCAAUUGGUAGAGUACACGUUUAAUUGGUGUGUUUAUGUGCCCGUUUGUGUCCAUGUACGACAUUAAGACAGGUGGUGCACCAGAAAGGGUAACGGGUACAGUUCCGUAUUGAAACGAACCUAUGGCAACGAUUCUAACGGAGAAAGGGUCCGUGGUGUCUGUGUCUCAAUCAGCUAGUUUAUCGUUAGAGUGUAAGCAAAAACGAGUGGAAGCGUGAAUGUGACCGGGUGUGUAAUGCACAUUCAAAGCAUUAUACUAUAUUCUACUAACUUCGUCUUUUAAUCGUAGUGAAUCAAAGUCUACAAACA